AUGUCUCCACUGAGUAAUAACUCACUUUUCUUGGACUAUCAUCGCAACCCAUUCCCGAUGUUCUUCCAGCGUGGCUUAAAUGUAUCGCUUUCUACGGAUGACCCUCUACAAAUUCAUUUAACAAAGGAGCCUCUUGUGGAAGAAUACAGCGUUGCAGCAAAGUUAUGGAAGCUCAGUUCCUGUGACCUUUGCGAGAUAGCCAGAAAUUCUGUCUAUCAGUCUGGAUUCUCACAUCAAGCCAAGUUGCAUUGGCUCGGCAGUAAAUAUUUCAAGAGGGGCCCAGAAGGAAACGAUAUUCACAAGACUAAUGUACCCAGUAUGAGGAUUUCCUUCAGAGAUGAGACAUGGAAGGAGGAGAUGCAGUAUGUCUAUUCAGGAAAAGCAAGAAUUCCCGAGGAAAUAGACGUUUGA